AAGUCGUCAUUCACUCUAAACCCCCCAAACUUUUAUGAAAACACUAUAAACCCUACAUCCCUUUGCUCCAAAAACGCCACUAUCUCUACCAUCAGCAAAUUGUUUCAAUGUUUGGGUGCAGAAGCUUGUUAAAGCAAAUCAAAAAGAAAAAGAGAAGAAAACCCCACAAAUUCAACCCAAAAACUCACAAACAAAACCCUAAUUCAACACAACAACAAGAUUUACCUACAGAAGAUGGAUUCAGCUUAAAAAAUUCAUACCCAUCACACAACUAUGGAGUUCAACCACUGGGAAACUUCUACUUCAGCUCAUCUCCACACAACUCAAGAAACACAGGCUUAGGUAACAUUCAAACCCUAACUGAUGAACUAGUUCUUGACAUUUUAGGCCUUCUAGAAGCUACCCAUUUGGGGAUAUUAUCAACUGUAAGCAAAUCUUUUUAUGUGUUUUGUAAUCAUGAACCCCUUUGGAGGAAUCUUGUGUUGGAUAAUUGUGAUGAUGAUGGGUUUUUGUUUAAAGGGUCUUGGAAAUCCACUUUUGUUGCUGGUAAUUAUCCUUCUUUUGAUGUGUUAAAGGUUGUUGGAUCUUUAGGGUUUAAAGUUAAAGAUUUUUAUUCUGAUUAUUUGUUUCAAAGUUGGCUUUGUGCUAACCUUGAAAUGAAACAUGAGUGGUUGGAAAGAGAUAAUAUUGUUAGAAGAAAAGGGAUUUCUGUUGAUGAGUUUGUGUCGGGUUUCGAGACGCCGAAUAAGCCGGUUUUGUUAGAAGGGUGUUUGGAUAACUGGCCUGCAUUGAAGAAAUGGGAUAGGGAUUAUUUAGUGGAAGUUUGUGGUGAUAAUCGGUUUGCGGUUGGACCGACGCAAAUGACGUUAACGGAUUACUUUGCGUACUCUAGUCAAGCGCAAGAAGAACGACCGUUGUAUCUUUUUGACCCGAAAUUUGCGAAUAAAGUUCCUCAAUUGGGUCGAGAUUACGAAGUUCCGGUUUAUUUCAAUGAGGAUUUGUUUAAUGUUUUGGGCGAUGAGAGACCGGAUUAUAGGUGGAUUAUCAUCGGACCAGCAGGGUCAGGUUCGUCAUUUCACAUUGAUCCUAAUUCGACGUCAGCUUGGAACGCGGUUGUGAAGGGUUCAAAGAAAUGGGUUUUGUUUCCGCCGGAUGUGGUGCCACCAGGGGUGUACCCGAGCUCAGAUGGUGCUGAGGUGGCGUGUCCUGUGUCGAUAACCGAGUGGUUCAUGAACUUCUAUGAGUCGACUAAAACAUGGAAAAAGAAACCUGUUGAGUGUGUCUGCAAAGCGGGUGAAGUGAUUUUUGUGCCUAAUGGAUGGUGGCAUUUGGUUAUAAACCUCGAAGAUUCUAUCGCGAUUACACAGAAUUUUGUUAGCAGGAGGAAUUUAUUAAAUGUGUUGGAUUUUCUAAAAAAACCAAAUGCAAGCACACUUGUGUCAGGAACACGCGACCGAGUGAAUCUACAUGACAAGUUCAAGAAAGCCAUUGAAGAAUCUUUCCCGGGGACCAUUGAGGAGCUGGUGAAGAAUGCGGAGAAGAAAAAGGCGGAGCUGGAGAAACCGUCUUUCUGGGAUUCGGUAAAAGACUCCAAUUCGGGAGGCUUCAAGUUUUCAUUUUAGAGAAAUGGUAUUUAUUCAUCCACAUAAUAUCUUUCCCGGGACCAUUGUUUCAUCUUUUCUUUUGUAAUUUGGAUUCAAGAGCAUUUUUGGAUUUGUAACAUUGUUGAAAUUUUGAUAGAAAGAUAAAUUAUUAGCUGCAUUUGGUUAUGAUGAUAUACUGUAUCGUCGUCGAUUCA